AUGUCCGGCUUCGAUGCGAACAACGUGUACACUGUUUCUGUACAUGACCAACCUCCACCCAUCUCGCCUGGUUCACCCUCUGAAACCGAAAAACUUUUCCUCGAAUUUCUCUUGCAGUACCGUGUUGGGGGCGAGUUCAUCUACAGGCAAGAAUCAGACAAGCUACGCGGAAAUUUGCUUUUAAAACAACAUUUGCUAGAGGUUGAUCUUCGUCACGUCAGUUUGUACAACGAUGAGUUGGCGCACGCCAUUCAAGAUAGACCAGCAGAUGUCUUACCGCUGUUCGAAAAUGCAGCCACCAAAACCGCCCGAUUAAUCCUGUACCCCAUGGCUGCCAAUUCAGAAGACCGGACAGAGGCAGCUACUGAGGCAAUCCCAAAAGUUCAAGUAACGAUACAAUCAGCCCUCAACAUGCUCCAGUUUCGCGAACUUACUGCCAAUACCAUGAACAAACUCGUUCGCAUACCAGGCAUUGUCAUUUCCGCGUCCGUUCUGUCAUCUCGAGCAACCAAAUUGCACCUUCAAUGUCGCUCUUGUCGGUCCACAAAGAUAAUAUACCCCUCAGGUGGGAUGGGUGGUGUUGACAGAGGAUUACCACGGAUUUGCGAUGCUCCAGAACCUGAGGGACAAAAGAAGGAUUGCCCGAUGGACCCAUAUCUCAUCAUUCACUCCAAAUCGACGUUUGCCGACCAGCAAACUUUGAAACUGCAGGAGGCACCUGACAUGGUUCCUGUGGGAGAGCUCCCGCGACACAUGCUUCUCUCGGCGGAUCGACAUCUUACAGGAAAGGUUGUUCCUGGUUCGAGGGUCAUUGCGACAGGCAUCUAUGCAACUUUCCAGUCUGCGAAAAACGUAAGCAAAAAUGCGGGACCUGCGGCUCUCCGACAACCGUACCUUCGCGUUGUACAUCUCGAAAUGAUGUCUCCUUCCGGAGGUAGCGGUGGGUCUAAUCCUUUUGGCGUACAAUUCACACCUGAAGAGGAGGAGGAGUUUGGAGAGAUGUCCCGUAGUGAAGGAUUUUAUGAACGAUUUGCUAAAAGUGUCGCACCGAGUAUCUAUGGCAGCCUUGAUAUUAAAAAGGCAAUAACCUGCCUCUUAUUUGGCGGUUCAAAGAAAGUACUGCCAGACGGGAUGCGACUGCGAGGCGAUAUCAACGUAUUGCUGCUUGGAGACCCCGGCACUGCAAAGAGUCAACUUCUCAAGUUUGUUGAGAAGGUGGCACCAAUUGCGGUCUAUACAUCUGGCAAGGGUUCAAGUGCGGCAGGUUUAACCGCGUCCGUACAACGCGAUUCCGUUUCUAGAGAAUUCUAUCUUGAGGGUGGUGCCAUGGUCCUGGCCGAUACAGGUGUUGUCUGCAUUGACGAGUUUGAUAAGAUGAGAGAUGAAGACAGAGUGGCAAUCCACGAAGCGAUGGAGCAACAAACUAUCUCUAUAGCGAAAGCCGGAAUAACAACGGUUUUGAAUUCUCGCACAAGCGUACUUGCUGCAGCCAACCCAGUGUUUGGACGCUACGACGAGGGGAAGAGCCCCGGAGAGAACAUUGACUUCCAAACGACAAUUUUAUCGAGGUUUGAUAUGAUAUUCAUUGUAAGGGAUGAACACAAUGAAACUCGCGACAAGAUGAUCGCAAAACACGUCAUGAAUAUUCAUAUGAAUAGGCAGAACGUGAACAUCGAUGAAAAUGGAGGCAACGUUGGUGAAAUACCACUAGAGAAGAUGAAGAGAUACAUUUCCUACUGCAAAACCAAAUGCGCUCCGCGCUUGUCUGCUGAAUCCCAAGAGAUGCUGAGCAGUCACUUUGUGAGUCUACGAAAACAAGUUCAACAAGUCGAACAGGACAACGACGAGAAGAGCUCUAUACCAAUAACCAUUCGACAAUUGGAAGCUAUCAUUCGGAUAUCCGAGUCACUAGCCAAGAUGACGCUGUCGCCGGUCGUUCAGAACCACCACGUCGAGGAAGCCAUUCGACUUUUCAAAUUCUCCACGAUGGACGCGGUCUCAGCAGGAUCGGCAGACGGGCUUUCACGUGGGGAGUUGAACGAAGAAAUGUCCCACAUAGAGCAAGAGCUACGAAGACGCCUUCCUGUCGGAUGGAGCACCAGCUACCAAAGCUUGGUCAAAGAGUUCGUAACGCAGCAAGGACGCUCUAGCCACUCUCUUGAAAGAACGCUGUACAUAAUGGAGAAGAGGGAGAUCAUUCGGUUCUCCGGUCAGAAAAAAGUUGUCCAUAGAGUUGGCGUGUAAGGGUAGGGGCUGUUAUAUAUUUGCUUUCGUGACUGUAGACAUUGGAUUUCAUGUAAAUUGUACUAUAAUUGUU